AUGAUGUCAAAUUUUUUAUUACAAGUAGCAUUGGAGGUUUUAUUUAUUUACAGUAAGACUUUUUAUCAAAGGACAUUAUAAAGUUUCUUCAUAUUGAUUAAUGUAAUUCUUUUUUAAAUAGAAUCUAUUAAAUAUGGCUUUGAAAAUGUAGAUUCUAAUUAUUUGUUUAUAAUGAUUUUAUAGUUACUGGAUAACUCUUAAAAUUAGAAUAAUAGAAAAGCUCUGUGGUAAAUAAUUUAAAAAUGCAUACUUUUAACACUUUUUUUAAGCUUCUCUUAUUUCAAAGAUGAUACAAAAGAUUAAAGAAUUGUUUUUUAUUUAUUUAGGAUUUUGAAUUAAAAAUUAAAUAUAGCACUUUUUAUUUUCUUAUUGUAUGAAAGUACAGAAUGUAAAAUCUAAGAGUAAAAGUUUAAUAUUUUGUCCACUAUUGACGAAAAAAUGAAUUCAAAAUAAGAACCAAGUUAGAAAAAGAAAGUAAGUCAAAAAAUUGAUACAAAAAGAUCAUCAUUUUAGGAUUUAAGUGAAAUUGCAACUGAAAGGAAGUAAACAUUCUAUAAAAAUUUAUCAUGUUAAUCAAUAGAUCAAAAUUUAUUGUUAGAUAUCUUAUCUGAAGCAGUAAUUAUUAUAAAAUUUGAAAAAUCAGAAGAUCCAUAUACUUAUAAACCUAGGAUUGAUUAUUAAAAUUAAAUAAGCAAAGCUAUGUUUUAAAAAAGUAAUUAAGAACUCCUAUUAUUUUUCGAAAAAAUAUAAAGUGAAGUUCUGAGUGAUGAAUCUCCUGUUAAUCCAAGAAGCUCUUUAUUAUCAUUUUAGAGUUUGGCUUAAUAACAAUAUAAAAAUAUGAAAAGAUCUUCUAAAUUUAACCCUUAACAAUAUUUUAUAACUGAUACUAAAUAAGAUUUAAAAUCAGGAGGACUUCCUUCUUAAUCACCAAGACUAAGAUCUUUAACUACUUAAGUAAAAUUAAUAAUUAUAUUAUAGUUAAAUACUGUUUAUAAAUGUUUACUCUAUGUAUUCAAUACAAAGAGAUUAAGAUUUGAAAUAAAUGGAAAAGUAGAAGCAAUGAUAAUUGAAACAAAUUUUGAAAUAGAAAAUCUAAAAAAAACUGCUGAAAUUAUCAUUACAAUAGGAAGUGAAGAUUCUCUUCUUAUGAUUGCCAGAGAUGUAGUUCAUAGAAAAAACAUUAAGGAACUUUUCGAAAUUAAUUAAUCCAAAUCAAAAAUGUUGUCUUUUGUCAGUCAUGAGUUUAGAUCUCCCUUAAAUGUUAUGAUAAAUUUACUUGAAAAAAUUAAAAAAGAUAUUAGUAUAAAUAAAAUUGUAUCAUAACAACUUUCAAUAGUUUUAGAGAAUUCAUUUUAUAUGCUAAAUUUAUCUAAUGAUUUACUUGACUUAGCAUAAAUAAAAAAUGAAACUUUUAGUUUAAACUUAAAAACAAUAGAUUUAGUUUAGUUAGGGGAAGAAUGCAUUAAAAUGUUUUAAUUGUAGGCAGAAUUGUCAAAUAUUUAAAUAACAAUUAAAACUAAUAUAAAACCAUUAUUUAUAUAUACUGAUAAAAAUCGUUUAAAAUAAAUACUCAUAAAUCUUCUUGCAAAUGCAAUGAAAUUUACAAAAGUAGGAACUAUAUCAAUUGCAAUAAUAUAAAAAGGAUUAUUGGUAGAGGUUGGUGUAGAAGAUACAGGAGUUGGAAUACCAGUAUAAGAAUAAUCUAAACUUUUUAAAGCUUUUUGUAAAAUAAAAGAUAGUGAUCAUUAAAAAUUAAAUGAGUAAGGAGUUGGAUUAGGACUUGUUAUAAGUAAUAAAAUAGCAUAACAAUUAUCUUUUGAUAGUUAAGGAUUAAAGGUUAUUUCUAGAGAUAGUACUUAAUUAAAUCAUGGAUCAUAUUUUUAUUUAAUAUUGAAGAUUAAACAAUUCCAUUAAAAAAUAUAUUUAUCAUAGAUUAAGCAAAUUGAAAAUAAUGAUAAAGAAUCUCCUUAAUUAGAUAAACAUGCAUAAUUAACAUAGUUCAGAAUGACAUUUAAUAAAGAUUUAAACUCAUUUGCUGAUGAUUAAAAAUUUUCAGAUAAGGUUGCUUGCCAACAUAUAUUAAUAGUUGAUGAUAAUAUAUUUAAUUUAAACAUCUUAGAAAUGUAGAUAAAAUAAUUGUAAAUUAUUUUUAAUAAAUAUUAGUACAAAUACAUAAAUUGAUAAAAGAUUUAGUGGAAUAGAAGCAAUUGAAUCUGUGAAAAAUAAGAAGUGUAAUUAAAAUUGUUCUGGAUAUUAAGCAAUUUUCAUGGAUAUGGAAAUGCCUGGUUUAGAUGGAAUUUAAGCAUCUGCUUAAAUAUUAAAAUAUGAUAAAAAUAUCAAAAUAUUCAUAGUUUCUGGAUAUGAAAAAGAUCAUUUUAAUGAAGAGAACCUAAAAAUUGGAAUAAAAGAUUUUAUUGCAAAACCAAUCUCUUAAGAAGCUAUAUAAAAGAUAAUUUUAGAGAAUCAUUUGUGA